CUUGAGGCCGAUCACAGACGCUGCAAUGGGAAACAAAAUGAUCUGGGUUCUGGCCAUUUUGACCAUUGUAGGGCUCAGCAAUGCCUUGCUGCCUUCAGGACAAUGCAAUGUUCCAGCAAGAUCAAGAGAAAAUUGUGGCUACCCAGGCAUUGGUGAAAUUGAAUGCAGUGCAAGGCAAUGUUGCUUUGAUUCAAACGUGAUUGAUGCCCCCUGGUGCUUCAAACCCAUUUCAAUAGAAGCUUCACUCCGAUAUGCAAAGAGAAUGACUGAACCGCAAGCAAGAGUGGACUGUGGCUAUCAAGGGAUCACGCGCAAGAGGUGCAAAAGGAUUGGAUGCUGUUUUGACCGAAAGGCUUCUGACACAUCAAUGUGCUUCUAUCCCCCAGUGAAUGAGGAUACAUACAUGAAAGGCACAUCUAUAGAAGUAACAGAAGGCUGGCAGUAA